AGCCUUACACCGCAUGGUAGGGAGUUCCAGGGCCCCCACCGCCCGCAGACCACCCGACGCUCAGACAAACAUGGUCUGUACCCCGGGAGAGAGGGUCAGAGCCACUCUGGAGGUUGGUCCGGGAGAUGAACUGGGAGCCCGUACUCCGGUAGGAAGAAGACAGGGACGGCCAGGCCGUACUGUCUCUUUAAGACAGUGUUCUUGCUGACACAGAAGGGCUCCUUGAGAAGGUGGUGAGACUAAGCAAGUCCCAGUUCCAAAGGGAGGAGAGCAUCACCCGGCUUCAGUGUCCACAGGGCACAGUCCUUCAUGCCUCUUGAUGCAGAGGCCUCCAUGGCUGUGAUAAGUCUGCUGUUCUUGGCAGUGAUGUAUGUUGUUCACCACCCCCUGAUGGUCAGUGACCGGAUGGACCUGGACACACUAGCCAGGAGUCGACAGCUGGAGAAGCGAAUGAGUGAGGAGAUGCGGCAGUUAGAGAUGGAGUUUGAAGAGAGAAAGCAAGCAGCUGAGCGAAAGCAGAAGGCAGAGAACUUUUGGAGAGGAGACACAUCCAGUGACCAGUUAGUGCUGGGGAAGAAAGACAUGGGAUGGCCAUUCCAGGCUGAAGGCCAGGAGGGGCCUCUGGGCUGGAUGUUUGGAAACCUGUGGAAUGCUGGCCUCUUUUGCCUUUUUCUCAUCUUUGAGCUCCUGCGACAGAACAUGCAGCAUGAGCCAGCCUUUGAUUCCAGCAGCGAUGAGGAAGAGGAGGAAGUCCGUAUUGUGCCUGUCACCUCUUACAACUGGCUCACUGACUUCCCCUCCCAGGAGGCCCUGGAAUCCUUUUACAAACACUAUGUCCAAAAUGCCAUCCGUGACCUACCUUGCACCUGUGAAUUCGUGGAGAGCUUUGUGGAUGAUCUCAUUGAAGCCUGUCGGGUGCUCAGUCGCCGGGAGGCUCACCCACAACUGGAGGACUGUUUGGGUAUUGGGGCUGCCUUUGAGAAGUGGGGAACCCUCAACAAAACCCAGAAAUUUGACAUCCUGGUGCCCAUUGUCCCCCCACAGGGCACGAUGUUUGUCUUGGAGAUGAAAGAUCCAGCCCUUGGUCGCCGCUGUGGCUGUGUGCGAGUGGAGUCUGAAUGCAUGUGCAAGCGUGAGAAGCUCCUGGGGGAUGUGCUAUGCCUGGUGCACCACCACAGGGACCAUUCGGUGGUCUUGGGCAAGUGUACCAGCUCCAUCAAGUCAGCCCUCUGCACAGGCAUCCACCUGGAUGUGGGCAAGACAAUGCAGUGGUUCCGGAAUAUGGUCAGCAAUGCCUGGGCUUUGGUGGCCCACAAAUAUGACUUCAAGCUCAGUCUCCCACCAUCUACCACCUCCUGUAAGCUCAGGCUGGAUUAUCGCUCAGGUCGCUUUCUGUUAAUUAGUUUGGUCCUUGGGGUGCAGCGGGAAGAUACCUUGGUCUACCUUGUGAGUCAAGCCCCUGAGCAGGAACAGCUCACCAGUGUGGACUGGCCUGAGUCCUUUGCAGCCUGUGAACACUUGUUCCUGAAGCUGGUGGGGCGUUUUGCUCCUGAGAACACCUGUCACCUCAAGUGCCUCCAGAUCAUUUCGAGUCUGCAGAACCACCAGAGCUUACCCCCUGGGGCAUCCCAUCCCAUCCUCACCUCCUACCACUUUAAAACAGCCCUCAUGCACCUGUUGCUACGUCUACCCCUAACAGACUGGCAGCACAACAUGCUCUCUCACCGGCUUCAGGACCUUCUCUGGUUCUUGGGCCGUGGCCUCCAACAAAGGUCCCUUAAUCACUUCCUCAUUGGUAACACCUUCCUGCCUCUGACCAUCCCAAUCCCUAAGACAUUUCGGAAUGCUGAACCUAUCAACCUCUUCCAACACCUUGUGCUAAACCCUGUGGCUCACUCACAGGCAGUAGAGGAGUUCCACAAUCUUCUGACCCAAGUGAAAACUCUGCCUUGUGCCCCACUGGCUGAGGCACCUUAAUAUUAAAAAAUGGGAGAAGGUAUUUCUGAUUAUUUAGCCU